GACUCAUCAGAAGUCCAGUCACAGACCAGUACCGACCAGACAGUCGUGAGUAAGAAUCAAUAAUUUCGAACAUCCAUAUAUUUGCUUCUCUGUUCAUCGAAAUUGCGUCUUCUAAGAACUACUCAAGUUUCAACACUUCGCCAAAAACAUUCCACACUCAUAGCCUUUCCCGGCCGCCACCAUGGUGACCUACAACAUGAGCACUGCGCCCGAAGCCAGCAGACGCGUCUGGAGCAGGCCCUCCGACUGCAGCACCGACUUGACAAACCAGUUCAAGCUGAACGAGCAGCUGCCCCCGCCAAAUUACUAUGCAGCCCCAAACCACUUCUCGACCCCCAACUACAACGCUGAAGCCAGCCCUGUCGCCGCAGCCGCUGAAGAAAGAAGAUCCGGAACGUCAAGAUAUUCGCUACCCUCUUCUCUUCCCUCGAGCUUCGAGAUGCAAGACCUUAGCGGCCCUUCCAACACUCAGCCAACUAAUGAGCUACCUCCACCAGCCACACAAACAACCGAGCAAACCUCGCUACCUCAAAGGACCCAAAAGCUCAUGAAAAGUGCUCCAAUGUUCCCCAUGCUCCUUGCCCUCGUCCCAUGUUCACGAAAAACACAUGGAACCACGCCAUGUGGUCAAGAUGGGGUUUUGAUGAGGCCUUGACCACCAAGCAAGUCAUCUUCACCACUAUUCCGUCCAAGGUUAUCUGGUCAAAAAUGCUCGGAGGUCUCAUAUCGAAUGUGUGGCUCUUGCAGGCGGUUUACUGGUAUGCUACCAAAGCUGCUUCUGUGGAAAAUGCCAGACAUGAGCAGUUCAGGAAGUUGAAGCCUCUCUUCUUUGCAGUUGUUGUGUUUCUACAGGCGUGCUUGCUGUGGGGUUGGUUGUUGUGGUGUAUUUGAGGGUAUUUGAGGUUUGUCGUGAAGGUCGAGAUCGGACCCAGUCUUUUUAGAGUCGAGUGAAGUGGGCUUGAGAAUGUGACGAUCUUGAGAGAUCAAGUAUCAGGGAGUGUUACUUCUGAGGUGAAUCCAGAGAUAUGUCUCCAGAUAUGAAAUGCAGAACGAAGUGUUGUUAAUGAACACUCGAUGUUGUCGAUCUCGA